AAAUUCACACACACACACAAGAGAGGAAGAAGGACAGCAGGGAUUGUGACAUUGCACACGACAACGACCACAGCAGGAACACUGCCGUACUCGCCAUGCAAGACAUACAGGGGUUCGAGUGUACAGAUGGGGUGUAUCGAAAGUGUACGCGGGUGGCAUUGCCGCGACCGGUGCUGAGCCCAGAUGAGCGGGCAGACCUGGCACCGCCACCAACCCGCCUCUCCUUCUGUGUCAUCAGAGCAGCGGCGGCAGCGAGCAGUCGCCCGUCAACGGCAGACCAACAGCAGGAGAACGGAGAUGGAGAUGCACACCAUGCACACGCGAGCAACCGAAUUCACGGCAGCCACAGCAGCCACAGCACCGACAUUGACGCCGACGUGCCGCGUGAGACCACAUAUAUGGCGUUCAAUUGCAGACGGAUGUUGUUCAUGAGCCACAGCUUCGGUCCCACACAGCACUUUACAUACGAUUCAACAUGCUCCCAAGACCCCAUUGACCACGACUUUAACCAUAUGACACGCUCUCCAGACUCCACAGAGCUGGCGUGCUGUUUCACAUCGGGAGCCGUCGUGGUCUACAACGUCAUCACAGGCUGUGCAAUGUGGAUCAACCGAAAGGAGGAGUAUACCGCAGAGCCAGGAACAGCCAUCGCAUGGCUGCCCGGCAGAGAAACGGAGCUGCUCGUGGGACAUACGGAUGGCACGGUGUACCUCAUUGACACGCACCUGAAAACAGCAACCCAAAUUGACACCACAAAAGAUACACGUCAGGUGUACAGAAUAAGCGAACAGCCCACAGCAGACGCAAAUCCCCGCCGUGCACUCGUGCGCAACAAGCCGGCUGCGGUGUCGGCGAUUGCGUGCUCACCCGACAGCACGUCUGUGGCCAUCACAUACAUGGACGGCCUUCUGUUGGUGGUGUCGCGGGACACCUUUGCCAGCCGCUUUGUCGCGCGCUCGUACUACGGGGGCUUCACCAGCGUUGCGUGGAGUGACGACUGCCGAUUCAUUGCCACUGGCGGCGAGGACGACCUGGUGUCCAUCUGGUCUGUUGAGGAGAAAGACAUCAUCGCGCGAUGCGUUGGCCACCGCUCGUUCGUCAGCGCUGUUGCCUUUGACAGCUUCUUCCCGGACAUUGUGAAGGGUGUGUAUCGCAUUGGAUCUGUUGGGCAGGACGGCUGCCUGCUGAUGUGGAGCUUUUCGCUUGACACGCUCCCCCCACCUGUUGCUGCUCGCUCUGCCCCGCGCCCAGCAGCAGCUGUUGUCAAUGGCAGUGCACCAAAGGAGCAGCAACAAGCGAAGAAAGGGAAGAUCUGA